CUUUUCUUCAAUGCUAUUUGAUUUGUUCAUCAUCAUACUUGUAAACAAAAAUGCACAACAGUACUUCGUGGUGGGGGUAUCGAGUUUAUGCUUAAAAACUGAAAGCUAAUUAUAAAUGUACUAAACUUGACCGGAUUGGGGAUACAAUAGGAGGCAGAAAUGUAUUAAAAAAAACACCAAAGCGUGAUUUAAAUAAACAAUGAUGCGUCUUAGUUACAACCCAAAAACAGUAUUUGCGUCCUUGUCGCGAAGGCGCAGCUGUUUUCCGUCAUCUCUACGCGACGGGUGAAUUGACCAAUCGACGCGGAGGCUACGUGGCCACGUCGGCCAAUGAAAAAAGGCCAGGUCCGUUUGAACGGUAAAAAGCGGGCUUCCAGUACCGAUUAAGGGGGAAACCACGCAGGCGAGGCCGUCGCAUUUAGAACUCGCCGAGGGGGAAAAAUAUAUUAGUAAAUCCAAUCUACUAAUCCGAGGACUCUGAAGGCUCUCAAGAUGUCACACAAACAGAUCUACUACUCUGAUAAAUACGACGACGAAAAAUAUGAAUACAGACACGUCAUGUUGCCCAAAGAUAUCGCCAAGCGUGUGCCGAAGACACAUUUGAUGUCAGAGUCCGAAUGGCGGAACCUCGGGGUUCAGCAGAGCCAAGGAUGGGUGCACUACAUGAUCCACCAGCCAGAGCCGCACAUCUUGCUCUUCAGACGCCCUCUGCCCAACCAAAAGUAAAAAAGAAAA